GGGGUGGGAGGGGGGGGAGCGCGAGAGCGAGUGAGCGGCUGAGAGAGUUUACCCCGAUGAGGCGGUGAGAGGCCCGGGGCCUACCUCAGCGGAGCGGGCUCGCGGCGCCAGCUAGCAGCGGGCCCCCUCCCGGUCCCCGGGCCCGGCGGCGCGGCGGCUGCUUGGUUGUGAGGAGGCGGGGAAGCGAGUGUCCGGCCCCAGCCAUGGAGGGUAUGGACGUGGACCUGGACCCCGAGCUGAUGCAGAAGUUCAGCUGCCUGGGCACCACGGACAAGGACGUGCUCAUCUCCGAGUUUCAGCGGUUGCUCGGCUUCCAGCUCAACCCGGCCGGCUGCGCCUUCUUCCUGGACAUGACCAACUGGAACCUACAAGCAGCAAUUGGCGCAUAUUAUGACUUUGAGAGCCCAAACAUCAGUGUGCCCUCCAUGUCCUUUGUUGAAGAUGUCACCAUAGGAGAAGGGGAGUCGAUACCUCCUGAUACUCAGUUUAUAAAAACGUGGCGGAUCCAAAAUUCUGGGGCAGAGGCCUGGCCUCCAGGGGUUUGUCUUAAAUAUGUCGGGGGAGACCAGUUUGGACAUGUGAACAUGGUGAUGGUGAGAUCGCUAGAGCCCCAAGAGAUUGCAGAUGUCAGCGUCCAGAUGUGCAGCCCCAGCAGAGCAGGAAUGUAUCAGGGCCAGUGGCGGAUGUGCACUGCUACGGGACUCUACUAUGGAGAUGUCAUCUGGGUCAUUCUCAGUGUGGAAGUGGGUGGACUUUUAGGAGUCACGCAGCAGCUGUCAUCUUUUGAAACGGAGUUCAACACACAGCCACAUCGCAAGGGGCUCCACGGGCCUUACCCCUUCGGCCAGUCUUAAACGGGGUCAGCAAGAAGAAAAACUAACAAAAGACAGAAGGCUUGACUCUGGGUGGGGAAGGGCACGGGGCUCCUCUGGAUUGCAGACCACAUCGCACAGACCCCUGGCACCGACCCCCGUCCUGGAAGAAGAGGAAGACGCAGAAAAGACUAGCUUUGAGUAAACUCAGUGUGCAUGUGUGAAUGCCGAGUCGCAGGAGUGGUGUUGAGGCUACCAAGAAGAGAUCCAUGCAGCCACUUUGGGCUUUGUUUGUUAGGUGUCAGUCUAACAAGUCACUAGGUUGCUCGGGAAGGAAAAGAAAAAAAUGUUUAAAUGGGGGGAAAAAAGCCAUCUUUUUAAACAAAAAUUAUUUUGCCUACAGACAGGUUGUAGUUUCGAGCACAUGUUAAUUUUUCCCCCCUCUUUCCCCACUUUUUUUUCUUUUUUUUACCUUUUUUUUUUUUUUUUUUUUUUUUAGAUAAGGGAUAACAUGCUGUUUAUAGAAUAGCUGCUUGCUCUGGAAGCGAUUCAGGUUAAAAGCUGGCGCGGCCUGCUUGGGGACCGUGCGGGUCUGCGCUGCAGGACGACACCUGCCUCCUGACUCCUCGAGUCUCUGACCCCGUUUUUUUUAAUGGCACCAGCCAGUGAAUUACCACGCUUUUCCUCCUCUUUUCUCUUUAAUCUUCUGUUGAUUUACACCUUUGACAUUUGUAUGCGUCAACCCUGUGGCUUGUUAACCACCAGAACCUCUCUGAAGACCAGACUUCCCUGUGUGGCCAGCAGUGGAAGCCUGGAGGACAGAGCGCAGGUGACGAAGCCUCUGAGGCCGAGAGGUGUCCGCCUGCACACGCGUGUAACAGCUCAGAUCACUUCCCUUCCCGGCGCCGGCACGCUCACCGCACGGCUCCCUCGGAUGCUUGGCACACAGCAGCUCCCCCGUUCCCUCUGGGAGCAGUGCCUCUGUGCUGCGUGCAUGUGUGCGUGUGCGCCCUGUGCACGCAUGCAGCAGCUGGUGCUGCUCACCAGCGAGUGCAGCAGGCGGGUGUGGAGGUGCCCGUGCUUCUCUGUUGUCACACAGCUCCCUCCCCCGUGUCUCCCUGCUGUCAUCUGGUGUGGUGUCUUCGCAGCCUGUUAGCAGAGGCUGUGCUGUUUGGGUAUGAAACGUAGCCACAGGGAAGGGCCAUGCUUACUGACCGUGUGAUCUUGGAGACCACGUUUUGCUGGGAAUGAAAGGACCCCCACCCCAAGCAGGAUGCUUAGUGACUGGGAGGAGGCGGGCUCGGGGCGGCCCUGUGGAGCCCGGGGCGGAUAGGCCGGCUGCUCACGGGAAUGGGUGGCCCCACGGGCACCCUGUGGGUUCUGAGCAGGCUGGGAUGUGGACGCCUCCAUGGGGAGCUGGAACCAGGCCAGAACAGCUGUCUGCCAAAGAUACAAGAAUAUGCAAAGGCCCUCUUCUCUUCUCAGCCCCUCCUUCCCUGAGUCUUGGUUGGUUUGAUAGCCAGGAUACGGAUCUAGGGUGCGGCUGCUGGAUCGCCUGCCUAUUGCCACACCGCCCCCCUCCCCGGGGGUGUAAACCGACAGGGAGGCCAGGUCGAUGCGCGGCAAGGGGUCUCGUGUAGCUGGGUGUGGGUGAGGGGCUGCCUGCCUGUCUGUUUGUCUGGGUGUCUGAGUUCUGGACAUGUGUGGUGUUUGUGUCUCCUCAUCCUCUUCUGAGACUGUUUUUUUAAAAGCUUGACUGUGAGAGAAAAGCUUGUAUGAAAUUCCCCCCAAUGCCUCCCCACCUCCCCCCGCCCAGAAUAAAGGGGGAGUAAACUCUGGUCCACUGGAGGAACCCCAAGGGAGGGUGGAGCCAGGCGCUGAGAGGGCUCACACUGGGGUACCUACUCUCUAUGCACAGAGAGAGCACCCCAUUGCCAGCAGAGUAGAGGGGAGUCCCUGCCGGGUGCCCAGGCCACCAUAGGUCUGAGCCAGGGGCUCACGAUGGCGUUUUGUUUGAGGGCCCUGUCAGGUCCAGACUGCCGCCACUGUUGGUGCCAGCCUCCCAGACACUGCCCCCCCGGAGCACACCCCCACUCAGCCCCUCCUCGCUUGCUGGCAUCACGUCUUCAGCUGCCCACACGGGAUGGCAGGAGGCUUCACAUCCCCUGGUUCCCGGCCUCCUGAUCUGCCCCACACCAGCCGCCCCUUCCCCUCGCCCCAGGGGGAGCUGCCUGCCAUUGGUUACUCGGCACUGGCUUCACAGGUCACUGUCAGUGGGUCUGGCCCUGCCAGGGGGGCUCCUGCUCCUCUUCCUCUUGCUUCUAGGCAAUCUCACCUGGCAAGGCAAUUGUCCCAAGCAUGUUGGCUUCCCUCCCAAGAACAAAACCAUUUCUGUACGCGUCUUCAGAGAGGUGGGCUCCUUGCUGAGACCAGAGCGCGCACAAGCCAGGGAGUAGGGGCGGGAGGAGUCCGAGGUUGCCCCAGGACCUGGAGGCCCUUGUACCAUCAUCUGUCUCUUCUCUGUGAUUUGAGUUCCGAGCAAGUCCUGGAGUCCCUCUUCCAUCCUGGUGGGACAGCAGAGGCUACCGGCUCCGUUCCUCUUGGACUCUUUACUAAAUGGCAGGCUGCCUCUGGGCAGGACCACCUGUGUCUGGCAGGCAGGAGGGGAGGCAGGCGCCGUCCUUCAGGACCUGGGUCCACAGAGGAGGCAGAGGGGCUCAGGCUUGCAAGGAACCUCUCUGUGUGCAUGGAGUGAGGUGUGUGUGGGUGUGUGUGCACGUGUGCAUGCUUUUUUUCUUUUUGCCACGGGGAGAGUUGAAUUUGGGGCAUUUUUCUACAAGAAACAAGCCUUCUCUCCCCCAUCAAGGACUGGCCGUAAACUUUAGUCCAUCGAAGGCACUUGCAGCCAGAAAAGAACCUCACCAGGACAGCUGGUGUGGCCCCAAGAUGGCCAAGGAGGGGAGAGGGCCUAAGAAUAAACACCUCCCCAAAUCGAGUGUGAGCCCCAGCAGGAGAGGGUGGUGGGGUUACCAGGCCCCAGAAGUGCAAGCCGGUUCCCUGCCCCCAUGUUUCCUUGGGUGAAUGCUGGAGCAGCUUAGCUGCUGCCUCCUCCUGGACACUGGCGUGUAGCAAGCAAGCUGGGUGGGUGUUCAUGGCAGGGCCUCGUGGUGCCUGGGAGGAGAUGAAGAUGAGGAGGUUUUUCCUUACUGUAUAAAUGAAUAUUUGUAUGAUUAAAUUAACACACACCAAAAAAAGAAAAAAAAGAAAAAACCCUAUUUCCAUGUGUGUCAGUGACUUUAUUGUGCCCUGAAGUCCCUGUGUAGCCUACUCUGGGACCUGGUAAUGUGACCAGUGGCCUUCCAGUUUCCAGGGCCCCUGCCAUGCCUGUUAGGCCCUGCUCCAUCCCCAGCACAGAUGUACCGGUUAGUGUGGACCGGCAGGGGGCACUGUGUGGACACAUGCUGCGUGUCAGGCCCGGCACGUGGGUGAGAACACCGAGCACCACCAGCCUCUCCCACUGGAGAAGCAGACAAGGGUAAGUUGGGACUGGGGCUCAGAAGAGAAGGAACAUUUUCCCUGAUGUGUUUGCUUGGUGGUUCUGCUUGAUUUCAGAUUAGAUGCAUUUUUGCAAACUGAUCUGGGAGUCUGAGAACCAAUUAGGGCCCACACUCCAGGCAGUUGACAAGCGAAUCUGGAUCCUACCCCUAUGUACUUUUGUGAGACAGACCUAUGACCUUGGCCAGGAGAUGGUGAGGCAGGUUUCAAGGUCUGUGGCAUGAAAGAAACUUAAUUGACAGAUGCAUUAGCAAAUGGUGGGCUCACUAGAUCCAUGCUUUGAUGACUCUUGGGAGCUCAGAACUCAGCUUCGUCCUCAGCCACAUCAUUCUGUGUGUGUGCUGAAGGGAAAGUGAGAUCAGAGAGGGAAGAGAGUUACUUGUCACCCAGGCUGGGACCCAGCGCAUCAGCUCCCAGAUGCUGGCAUUUUCACUUAACUGCACGCCCUGGUUCGGGCCUUCACCCUGUCUAGCAGAGCUGAAUGUUCUAAAUGGUGGCCGUGGCGCUGAGCCAGAGUCUAGGAUGUAGGUAUGGGGAGGGGGAUUCCCCAGCCAUUGCCCUGUGGGCAGUUUGGUGAGGGAACCUAUGGCCACAGAUUACAUGAGACAGAGGUGCCGCAGAAGAACCGGUCUCAGCCACAAGGUCUCUGUACAGCGUGACACGGAGCCCAGCACAAGGGGGACUGGCCCAGAGACCCCUGGGGUGAGCACCUUGCCUCCGCCCGUGUCGUGCCAGCGCUCCCGCAUCCUGCUUCCUUCCAGGUGCCCACAGCUGUUUGUUUUCUGGAGAAGAAGGGCCCCCACCCUGUCACCUGGGUCUUCUGGCAGCUCAGACCCACUCGCAGGCCUUCCCCAACACCUCUGCCAUUGGACAGUUAUUUGCUUGGCAGAAUCUGUUUGUCUUUGGGGCUGUAACCUGUCAAGAAGUCACCAAGCCCUGGGAGAAAGAAGCAGAUUUGAUGGUAGCUCCUGGCCGGAGCCAUUCCCACGGGGGCUGGGUGACAGGGAGGGCGCUCAGCCGGGCUUUUGUCUGGGGGUGCAGUGGGGGAGGUCGCAGUGGUGUGGGCCCAGCCCUCCAGGCAGAGCAAACAGGUCCUCUCGGCCACCUCCGCGUCCCAGCUCAGGUGGCGCUGGGUCCCUCCCACCCUGUUCUUGGGAAGGCCCCUCCUUAACCUGCUUGCUCUGACCCGGCCACUUUCCCAGACACUGCAUGGUGUCCAGCCCUGUCUGGCAACCAAGAGAACAGGCUCCAAGGGCACUCACGGCCGACCUUUAUUUCAGUAAUUCAGUAAUGGGAGCUGGAGAAGGAAAUGGCAACCCACUCCAGUAUUCCUGCGCAGAGAAUCCCUUGGACAGAGGAGCCUGGCAGGUUGCAGUCCAUGGGGUUGCAAGAGUCAGACACGACUUAGCGACUAAACCACCACCACCACCACCAGAGCAGGGAGCGGGCAAGGCUGCUUGAGAAGGGAGAAGGGUAUAUGAGUUUGGGAGUCGAGAGCGUUCAGAGAAUGGAUUCUGACAAGCUAGCGUGACUGACAGAUGGGCCUCAGGUACCUCCUCUGGAGGUGUAUUGGUUUAGAAAGCAGGACUUGGGUGGAACUCACAGGUUUUUAAAAAUAUUCUGAGGUUCUGUGAUCUGGAACAGUGCUUCUCAAACCUGACUGUGUUAAAAACACAAAUUCUGAUUUAGUAGAUCCUGUGAAAGAGGACAAGAUUCCACCAUUCUAACAAGCACCCUAGUGAAUGGGCUCCGCUAGUCCUCCGACCACACUUCACGUGAGGAUAAGUAGGUGGUGGUCUGAAGGGGUUCACCCACCCCUGCAGCCAUCUGGGUUAUGAGACCAAGCGAGAUCUAGCCAGGGCUGUGUUGUCCAGACCCACGAGAAUUUGAGGGAGCUGAAAUCAUUUAGAAUGGUAAUGUUCAAGCUGGGCCAUGGUUCCCUGACAUUUCCCAGGGUUUAUCCAAGGCUGUGAUUUCUGACUUAAAUAUUAUUUCUAGCGUUAUGUUUUUCCAUCACAAUAAAUGUCUGAGUGUCCACCAUAA